AUGGAAAAGGUGUCUCUCCUUACAUUGCCGAAUGAAUUGAUAUGUGAAAUUGCCUCAUACAUGUGCAUACGCGACAUAAUCUCUAUGAUUCAAUGUUACCGCAACCUUUGCCAACCUCUGUUGUGGCACUGUCAGCACCAGCACCAGAGCCAGGAACUACGAGAAGCUCUAACAGCGUGUAUCCAAGCUGGUGAUUUAGAUGCUACCCGCCUCCUACUCUCCAUUAACGCAGAUAUCGAGUUGAUCAAGGACGAGCCCCAAAUCCAAAAAGAACAACCGCCAGAUUAUACAUCAGGACAUUACUGGGAUGAUUUUUGGUUGGGCUUGGCUGUUCGAGGUGGCCAUGAUGAGAUAGUGGAAGCUCUUGCUGAACAUCUUGGCCGAGUGAAGAUAGAGAUCCCAGCGCUCAAGGUCAACUGUGUUGGAGAUGCACUAAAUUCUGCUGCUGAAGGUGGUUAUUUUGCCAUGACAAGAGCGCUACUUGAUAUCGAUAAUGAAAUCACCCGAUCGUCUAAUUAUUACGACAAGGCUUUAUUAAUCUCCGAUGGUACUGUGAAGCUGCUUGUCGAGCGCGGUGCAGAUAUGAGCGCCGAAGACGUGCUUCAUACAUUCACCGAUACAUCGAAUCAAUGCACGAUCUCUCAUGGAGGAGCUGCAGAGUUUCUUCUCGAUCAUGGAGCAAAUCUCAGCUCCCGGGAUAGUCUUGGUCGGUCCAUUCUAACAAAAGCCCGCAAAAGAGACCUCAUCCAAGUGUUCAUUGCUCGUGGGCUCAAUCCAGACGAUGUGGAUGAAUCAGUGGCUAAACCCGAGCCUGAGCACCCCGACUACGAAACUCACUUUUCAUUCGUUCGCAAAACAGCAAAGCUUCUCCUGAGCUAUGGAGCCGAUUUAAGCAUCCGGGACGACGAAGAGCAGAUACUCCUCUACAAAACUGACACCAAGUCUCUCGUGGAACUUAUCCUUGACUAUGGAGCGGGGGUCAAUGUAGUGGACUCUUAUGGGCAAACCCCACUACAUACGAUGGUCUACGGGGCAUCAAGAGAUAAGGUUGAGACAAUCAAAUUACUCUUGGAUAAUGGUGCAGAUUUGGGUGCAGAGAACGCAGAUGGCAACACAUCUCUUCAUCUGGCCUCACUCACAUCAUCAUGGGACGUUGUCAAGCUACUUCUUCAACAUGGAGCAGACCAAAGCAGCCGGAAUUUGAAUGGGGAGACACCAAUGGAUCUUUGA